CCCUUUUAUUUCCCACACACUAAUUACCUAAUUACAAACACGCAUAGAUAAAAGAUGCAACUACCCGUUUUAUCUUCAGUCAUUCUCGAACUCCCGACGCGGCGACAUCGCCAAAAUGAGCACUAGUUUAAUGGACACGGACGCGAUUCUCUCAUCCUCGGAGUACUGGAGCCGCCUGGACGAGCAGUGGGGAACCCCUAUAGACCUGGAGACUGACGACCAGCAAGACGACAACUUCGUGCCACCGACCAGCCUGCAGUCCUUCUUCAGCACCAUCGACCUCCGACCGAAACACACCUUCGACUCGGCCAUCAUGCUGCGACGGGUGCAGAGGAAAGUCUACGACAGUCUCUCCAAGAGAUCAGCAGCUUCAGUCAACUAUAAGGACUUCAUCCAGGAGCUGGAUCGAGACGAAGCGACACACAAGGAACGAGAAGACAAGCAGUUCUACUACAUCGGAGGGCAGAUCAUAUCAGCAGCAUCAGUUGACGAAAUCUGUGACAAUAUAGAUGAUAUAUUCAAAUCAGUGAGCAAACUCAGUGCCACCACCAGCACCAUACGACCCUCAAAGGCAGCGAAGCCGCCGCCGAAGAUACCCGAAGUGAUCGAAUGCAGUUUCUCAACCAGUAACCUCUCGUUCGAUGAUACUCACGACUUCGAGAAGGAGAAAUCCGAUGGUGAUGAUGUGGAUCGAUUCAUUGACGAGCUGUUUGAUGAACUGAACCAGACCAUGGCAAGUUUGCAGAAGUCCAGUGUUUUGGACCAAUCAGGGGCGAGGAUUUUGGACCAGACGACGACGAUUGAGUCAGUGACUACUCUGGUGAAGAAAUUCAGUUCUAUACUGGAGAGCCCGGCUGUGAAAUGCAGUCCGCGGCGGCAGAGGCAGUGUUGUGAAAGAUUCAAGGACUUGGCAGAUUUUUGGAAAAACCGCACGUUGCAAUUGUAGUUAAUUAAUGAUUCAUACUUAUGGUUAUGUGUGCUAGGUAGGUAUUAGGUAAGUACUCGCUAGUACUGUUUGUUUUGUUUAAAUUAUUUUAUGUCCUAAUUGUUAUAAUUAGCUUUGCUAGGUUUUAAAUUAUGGUCUAGGUCUGUGAUUCCUAAUGUCGUCAAGUUAUUGUUAAACAAGGUAUGAUGUAGUAAAUAAUAAAUUAU